AUGGCACGACUCAAGAAGGAUUCCACGAAAGCCCCCCAGCUGCCAGACACUGCUCAGAAGAAAGCUGGGCGAAAGACGAGAUCAGCUGCUGCGAAGACAGCUUUAGCAGACGUCCAAAGUGCAAAUAACACAAGGACGAACUAUGCCGGGCAUGUUCGGCGUGGACGGGAAUGGUUGGCAAGCCAUUUCGAAACCCCGAGCUGUUCUGCUGUCAGCGAGACUUGGAGGGGUGACACGUCUGAAAACUCACUCGUUCUGUUGCCUGCAACUGCCGAAAUACAUGCCGACAAUGACGUGUAUGAGGACCCGGCCUUCAAAUAUGCAUUUGAGAGCAUCCCGAACAGAUGCUCUGACAAAGCACUGGCGCUCUUCAUGUCCCUGAAAGGGUUCCACGAGAACCUCAGCAAAACUACUGUCGAGAGCAUCCGUUCGGCAUUUAAGAAGCUGUGGGAGCUAUCAGAUGGUGAUACCUAUCGUGGCAAAUGGCACUUCAAUGAGGCGAAGCAGCGCUGGGAAGGAAACCCUGCUGAUUCUGCAGACAUUUAUGAUGUGCUGUCAUCCAUCAAGCAUAAGGCAAGUGCCGAGGGAGGAGAUCGCACUCACUCAAUGGCAAUGACGAAGGACUACAUGGAUCGGGCAUUCCGAUGGCACCAGGCUGUGUGUCCACUCGAGAUUGCACUACAGAUGAUUCAGAAGGUGAUGAGUGGUGCUCGGCCUUCGGAUAUGCACCUGGACUUGGAAAUGAGGACAAAACUUACUCGCCAUCUUGAACAAGUCACGUUCGCAUCGAACGGAUGGACGUUAUGGACAAGGUGUUUUGAGCUUGUAAAGUUGCAAAGAAAGGAUAUCUCACUUGAUACCACUAUUUUGGAUGGGGUGCUCGGCGUGUACCUUGCAAACGAGACACUCACGCUGAGUAAAUGCACAUCAUACUUCGAGAUCUUUCUCGCUCACCGGAAAGGAUGGCAAAAGAAGGUGGACAAGGGCCAAUGGGAAGCAGAUCUGAGAUCAAAUCACUACAAGAUUUAUCCACGCCCCAACAUGCCAGCCUGCGACAAUUUCUUCUGGAUGUUAGUUUGGAUCAAGUGGCUUGAAUCAUUUCACUACGGGCGAACUCUCCAGCCGAACGACUUCAUUUUUCCUGCGAUGAGUGCAAAUGGUGUUGUGCAUCCUGGACAGCCAAUCUCUCACGAUACGGUACAAAAAUGGAUCAAUGAGUCAACCGCUGGCGCUGGCAUCCGUGGUAACUUCUCAACUCACUGCUUUCGUCGGGGAGGUGCGCAAUAUUGGUUCAUGUUUGCUCCAGUGGGCCAGCGGUGGACACUCGCUAAAGUUCGUUGGUGGGGGGGAUGGGCUGAUGGCGAGCAGCGUGAUACACUCGUUCGCUACCUCCUCGACGAACUACAUGCAUAUGAGACUGACUACAGUGAUGCCCUUGCCCCCAUCUCCCGCGGUGCUGAUGCCUCCCUUGCUGGCGAACAUGCUCUCGCCAGACCAGCAUCGACAGAAGAGCUUCGCAUGGUGCACGCAUCCGUUUCAGCAGAUGUCAACUCCCUUCGCAAUGACAUGCGCUCCCUAACGAGUGUUGUAGCACAGGCUGCCUGCACCACAGUAAUCGCUCUCCAGCGUCUCGAUUCAGGCCCCCGCUUCACCAACGUCUCUGAGUGUGCCUCCCGCACACCAACUCCACCUGUCAGAGACAUAUGUGCGAGAGCCGAACAGCCGGUUUUACCCAGGCCCGUCGUCAGCCACACUCUCCCUACCACCGAGCCAUCCAUCCGCACCUCGUCACAACAACUCUGCACCACGCUGCCCAUCAGCAUCACUCGGGCUUCAAGUACCCAGAAACUCCCAACACCUGGCCUUGUGAUCCCUCGGGUCCCAGUCUCUCGUCCCAACGGAACCACCAGCCCGAAGCACAACUCCUGGAAGGAGAUUGUCGAACACUGGCUUGUUGGCGAUCGAGACCGAGGACUGACAACGCCACUGAAGGACUGGCCAAGGCACUGGUACCAAGGUGCAAAUAGACGGUUUGCAUCAAAGUACCACCAACGUGCAACAAUCGCGCUAGAGUUCAUUAAUCAGUACGAGUCGAACGAGGCACGCUUCCUCGCAGCCUAUCCAGAGGCCGAGCUAGGGCACACGCAACUUCUGAAGGCUGUGAACAAGGCACGCGCUGCACGAGGGGACCGUAUCUCUCGCAACAAGUGA